AGUAGACGCGCGUCGGACCGGAAGUGGGCGGAGCAGGGCGGAAGUUCCCCGCCCGGCGGUCGGCACGUUCGCUCCGUGGGGCUGCGUCGCGCCCUUCAUGGAAGAGAUGUCGGGAGAAAGCGUGGUGAGCUCAGCAGUGCCGGCAGCUGCCACCCGCACGACCUCCUUCAAAGGAACAAGCCCAAGCUCCAAGUAUGUCAAGCUGAACAUCGGUGGGGCCCUGUACUACACCACCAUGCAGACACUGACCAAGCAGGACACCAUGCUCAAAGCCAUGUUCAGUGGGAGAAUGGAGGUUCUGACAGACAGUGAAGGUUGGAUCCUGAUUGACCGCUGCGGGAAACAUUUUGGGACAAUCCUGAACUAUCUGCGUGACGGCGCUGUGCCACUCCCAGAGAGCCGCAGAGAGAUUGAAGAGCUCUUGGCUGAAGCCAAGUACUACCUGGUCCAGGGGCUGGUGGACGAGUGCCAGGCAGCCUUGCAGCAGAACAAAGAUGCAUAUGAACCAUUCUGCAAGGUACCAGUCAUCACUUCUUCCAAGGAAGAGCAAAAACUUAUAGCCACUUCUAACAAGCCAGCAGUGAAGUUGCUAUACAACAGAAGCAACAACAAAUAUUCCUACACCAGCAACUCUGACGACAACAUGCUGAAAAACAUUGAGCUAUUUGAUAAGCUGUCCUUGAGGUUUAAUGGGAGAGUGCUCUUUAUAAAAGAUGUGAUUGGAGACGAGAUCUGCUGCUGGUCUUUCUAUGGGCAGGGACGGAAGAUUGCUGAAGUCUGUUGCACUUCCAUUGUUUAUGCUACUGAGAAAAAACAGACAAAGGUGGAGUUCCCAGAAGCCCGCAUUUAUGAGGAAACACUGAACAUUCUGCUGUACGAGUCCCAGGAUGGCAGGGGACCCGACAACGCGCUCCUGGAAGCCACAGGAGGGGCAGCUGGCCGCUCCCAUCACCUGGAGGAAGAUGAGGAGCGAGAGCGCAUCGAACGCGUGCGAAGGAUCCACAUUAAACGUCCGGAUGACAGAGCCCAUCUGCACCAGUGAGCUGAGUGACAGCUGCAGUGUCUGUCUGGAAGGUGCUGCCCUUCUCCUGAUGGAUUGUCUGCAGCAGGGGACCAGGCAGCUUCUCUUUGUUCAACGAGUCUGUAAAUUACGUUUUGUAACAAAGUAGGUUAUUUGGGGUAUUUAAAUAAGGUAGUUCUAGGAUGAGAAUAAAUAAGGUUACUGGGCGUAUGGUAGGUAUGUAUAAAGCCCUCUGAACAUCUGGUGAAAUGCCCUGAGUUUGUAGCCCUCUUGUCUUUGCUAUUUUGUGGUUAGUGAGGAAGAAGACUGGCUUCUUUUGGCUUUAGUAAUUAUCCUGCACUUUAAAAAACAAACAAAACAACAGAAGUCAGGCAGCCACAUACCUGCCCUCCUGGCUCUCACUGACCCAGGCAUCGCAGCAUGACAGAAGCACAGUAAAGCUGCUGCAGGGCUCCCUUUCUUCUAGGUCAGAAGGCAGUGGGGGGGGAGUAGUUCAGGAGUGCCUCAGUGUGACUGCUGGCAGGACAGGUGAUAGCAGGAGAAGCACCAAGCUUGAGGCAGAGGGAACCCAGUGCUGCAAGACUGCAGGUGGCUGUGGCUUCCCACUGCUCUCAGGCCCUCCUCCCAUGGUUCAGUGGAGCGUCUCAGAACUGAGUUGUGGAGAGGCCCAUCCCCACUUUUUUGGUAUGAUUCAAGGAUGGAAGAUGUUGAAAUUCCUCCACGAGGAGGAGCAGGAGCUAACUGUGCCUGGUGGCUUUCCCUUAGGGUGGUAUUGCUAUCAGUCAAAGCUCAACCCCACAUUGUUAUUGGGAAGUUUAUUUCCCUCAGAUCACCCAUCAGGAAGCUGUCCAUUCUUUACCACAGGUUAAAAUUGAUAACAGGUUUGGCACACACUGCCAGGCCCACGUAGGCUUUGAGCAAGGGCAGUGCAGAGUGCUGGUGUAGAGCUGAAGGAAGCAGCCCAGAAGAGUUAAUCCCUGUUUGCCUUUAUCCUGAGCAUUUUCCAGUCUCUCAGCAGAAAUGGCAGCUGUGUAUGAAAGGAUGAAGCUGAAAUGUUGUGCAGAGAAUGCUGUAGUGUCUGGUUUUCUGAGAGUAGUAAUAAGUGGAUGUUUUUAUCUACCUCCUAGUCUCUUGUUGCCUAGUGCAGAGUCAAGUAUCAGAGUGGUGGAAGAGAGUGUAUUAUUCACUAGGAUUGAAUGCUAAGGCUUAAUGAGAAGAGCUGCAGCUGUAAUGGUUAAUGUAAAAAAGCUUGAGAGAGAGAAACCAGCAGUAGGAAGCCUUAAACUUUAGUCAGGGUGCCACUGUGACAGACCCCAGAGUACUUUGGCCAUUUCAGACCUUCUUGAUUCUUACCUGGAGUACAUAAUGGCUGGGUGUCCCACAGUGGCAGCUCUGCAUCGCUCAGUGAGGUCCUUUGCUUCUGCAAGCUCCCUGCUGUAAGGAUUCCUAGUCCUGGCUCAGCACUGAUUGUGGCAUAUUGGCAUUUUAAAAACCAAAGGCACAGUCAACAUCACCAGCUGUGUUACUGAUUUAUUUCAGUAGCAGCCUCUGCAGCUAAGCUAUUUGGGAUGUAAAAUAAAGCAGUAACCAGUUUGGGAGCAGCAUGGACAAGUAGCUUUCAGAGUUAGGCUGAAGUCGUCUUCCUCAUAACCAAAGACUUUAAGUUUCAGACAGCCAGGGGCUGUGGCAGAGUGGUCGUUAUCCUUGUGUCCUCUACUCUUUCUUCAGCUCCUGACUGAUAAGUAAGAAUGGAGCAAUUCAGCAGCUUCAGCUUUGGCUUUUCUUCUAAGCUGUACUUAAUAUGUCUGUCACCAGUGCAACACGCUUUGAGUUCAUACAAGUCCAUAGUUUAGGCUGUUGGUGUGCAGGACACACUGCCUCUCCCUUCUUGCCUUAUGGGAUAAGCUGGGGCGUGUGCUCUCUUUGGCACUGUGUACUUUGACACAACUGAGCUGUUUACAAGUUUCUGAUCUGUAACACACUCCUAACUCUAACUGCUGCAGUUGUGUAACAAAGAUGUACCGCUGUCCUGUGUUAGAACAUCCCUUAACUACUGGCUGCUUGCCCUUGUUCAUUAAGUCUCUCAAUAAAACAAAAACAGCUCCCACAGCCACUUAAUGCCAUUGCACAAAUGCUCUCAGCUCCUGAGCCUUUUACUUUAAAUGGUUUUGCCAAUAGAGCUUUCAGAGGGAGAUGGGGUACAGGGCAGCUACCCUGGCCCCAAGCAGUUCUUUAGAUUAGCUAGUGCUGCACGAUGUUAACUGUGCUGACCUGCCUGCUUUGAUUCAUGCAUGCUGCCUUCCAGCACCCAGCAACAGCCACCAAUACUGACAGCAGAACAGUCAACUGAAAUCUUAUGCCUGCAGGCUAUUUCCCCCCCCUCCAUUGGAGUGAUGCAGAAAAGCUUACCUAAAAUCAGUAGCUUGUAAUGCAGUUAGGGCCAAACAGUCCCAUAACACCAGCCCCUGGCUUAGGGCUAAGCUGGGAAUGCAUUUACACCUGCAAAGCAGCCACUCCUGUACUCAGACAAGGCAGAUUGUAGAGCCCACACUGAGCUCCUCCUGCUGCAGGACAUCACCUGUUCAAAGCCCUUGUGGAAGUCUCCAAGCUCCAGUCUUACCUUUUAGUCUUAAUGGAGUUGUUUUGUUUCAUGUUCUGUACAAUCAUUCCCUCCUAUUUUAUGCACACAAAAAAAACUUAAGAUGGAUUUCAGUGUAUGGUUGUUGUUUGCAAUGUUUCAUUGUUUUUUUGUUCUGUUUUGUUGGUUUUUUUUUUAAGCAUAACAUGAAAUAAAUUAGAAGAUAUUUCA